GUAGCAAUAGCUGACGUGCAGUUUGGCCCCAUGAGAUUUCAUCCAGAUCAGCUCCAGGUACUUUUAGUGUUUACCAAAGAAGAUAACCAGUGUAAUGGAUUCUGCAGGGCGUGUGAAAAAGCAGGGUUUAAGUGCACAGUUACCAAGGAGGCUCAGGCUGUCCUCGCCUGUUUCCUGGACAAGCAUCACGACAUCAUCAUCAUAGACCACAGAAACCCCCGACAGCUGGACGCAGAGGCGCUGUGCAGGUCUAUCAGAUCAUCAAAACUGUCUGAAAACACAAUUAUCAUCGGUGUGGUGCGCAGGCCAGAUAGAGAGGAGUCCUCCGUGAUGCCCCUCAUCGCUGCCGGCUUUACGAGGAGGUACGUGGAGAACCCCAGCCUCAUGGCCUGUUACAACGAGCUGCUGCAGCUGGAGUUCGGGGAGGUGCGCUCCCAGCUGAAACUCAGGGCUUGUAACUCAAUAUUCACUGCACUGGAGAAAAGUCAAGAAGCCGUUGAAAUCACAAGCGAAGACCGUGUUAUACAGUAUGCGAAUCCUGCCUUUGAAACAACCAUGGGCUAUCAGGCAGGCGAACUACUAGGGAAGGAGUUGGCAGAAGUGCCUAUAAAUGAGAAGAAGGCUGAUUUGUUCGAUACUAUAAAUUCAUGCAUCAGGAUAGGCAAGGAGUGGCAAGGGAUUUACCACACCAGGAAGAAGAACGGAGACAGCAUCCAGCAGAACGUGAAGAUCAUCCCUGUCGUCGGACAGGGAGGAAAAAUUAGACACUAUGUGUCCAUUAUCAGAGUGUGCAGUGGCAACAAUAAGGCUGAGAAACGAAGUGAAAGUGUUCAGUCUGACCCUCACACAGAUAAUCAGUCAGGCAGACAUAAAGACAGAAGGAAAAGCUCGCUAGAUGUCCGAGCUGUUGCCUCACGAGCCAGUGAAGCCAGCAGCCAGAGGCGGCACUCCUCCAUGGCCCGGAUUCAUUCCAUGACGAUCGAGGCGCCCAUCACCAAGGUAAUCAACAUCAUCAACGCCGCCCAGGAAAGCAGCCCCGUGCCCGUGACAGAAGCCUUAGACCGAGUGCUGGAAAUUCUGAGAACCACUGAAUUAUAUUCGCCACAGUUCGGUGCUAAGGACGAUGAUCCUCAUGCCAGUGACCUUGUUGGGGGCUUAAUGUCUGAUGGUUUGCGAAGACUUUCCGGGAAUGAAUAUGUUCUUGCAACAAAAAGCCUGCAGCAGAUGCCCAGCGGCAUCGGAACCCCCCUCUCCCUGCACGAUGUCCCUCCCCGGAUCGCUCGGGCCAUGGAAAAUGAGGAGUACUGGGACUUUGAUAUUUUUGAACUGGAGGCCGCCACACAGAGAAGGCCUUUGAUUUAUCUCGGUCUCAAAAUGUUCGCCCGCUUUGGGAUCUGUGAAUUCUUGAACUGCUCUGAGGCGACGCUGAGAUCGUGGCUGCAGAUAAUCGAAGCCAAUUACCACUCCUGUAACCCCUACCACAACUCCACGCACGCCGCCGACGUGCUCCACGCCACCGCCUACUUCCUCUGCAAGGAGAGGAUAAAGCAAACGUUAGAUCCGGUUGACGAGGUCGCUGCCCUCAUUGCAGCCGCCGUCCACGACGUGGACCACCCCGGCAGGACCAACUCCUUCCUGUGCAACGCUGGCAGCGAGCUGGCCAUCCUGUACAACGAUACCGCCGUGCUGGAGAGCCACCACGCGGCCCUGGCCUUCCAGCUGACCGCCCGCGAGGGCAAGUGCAACAUCUUCCAGAACAUGGAGAGGAAUGAGUAUCGGACGCUGCGCCAAGGUAUCAUCGACAUGGUCUUAGCCACGGAGAUGACAAAGCACUUCGAACACGUCAACAAAUUUGUCAACAGCAUCAACAAGCCCCUGGCGGCCCUAGAAGAAAACGGGGAAAUGAAUAAGGAUGAGGAAGCCAUAAACACCAUGCUCCGGACUCCGGAGAACCGGACUCUGAUCAAACGGAUGCUGAUCAAGUGUGCAGACGUGUCCAACCCCUGCCGGCCACGGGAGCAGUGCAUUGAGUGGGCCGCGCGCAUAUCAGAAGAGUAUUUUGCUCAGCCUGCGUGCAUAUUGAAGAUGGUGGAUUCACGGUCUUGGUUCAGGAGAGCCCUUCACCAACUAGCUGGGCACGUCCCAGCCCCGGGACAGCGCCACCUGCCGGCUGAAGUUCCCCUCGGGUCGCUUCGGCCAGGUCCUGUCUGGGCCUGUGUGGGGCGCUCCCGGAUCCACUGCAUACACGGCUGCUUUGGAAUGUUGUGCUUUCCCAGAAUCCCCUCCCAGCCUCUCCUUGGUGCCUCACUUGGGGUCCUGAAGGUCUCCGCCCCGAUCUCUUGCCCCAGGCCUGUGUGUCCUUUUCCCCAGGCGGCUUUCCCAAGCAGUAGCCAUCGCUUUGGCACUAGAGCUGGGUUAGAUGAAACAGAGACCGGUCCUUUGGGCGGCUACCAGACGGAUGAGGAGAAGCGGCAGGAGCUGCCGGUGGUGAUGCCGGUGUUCGACCGGAGCACCUGCAGCGUCCCCAAGUCCCAGAUCUCCUUCAUCGACUACUUCAUCACCGACAUGUUCGACGCCUGGGACGCCUUCGUGGACCUGCCCGAGCUAAUGCAGCAUCUGGACAACAACUUCAAGUACUGGAAAGGCCUGGACGACAGGAAGCUGCGGAGCCUCCGGCCGCCCCCCGAGUAGCGCCGCCGCCGGGGCCCCCACACCCGGUCCCCGUCCUUGCCGCGCUGGGGACACCGCUGACGCCACUGCCACCAAGUGCAGCCCAGCCCAUACUUGGCGCGUCGCGGGAGAGCGGCGUGCACCAGCCUUCCUUCCAGGGACCUUGGAGCGACCCUGGACCCUGCGGAGACCGGGAGGGAUUUCCUGUUGCCAAGUUUCCCCCACGGCCCGGGCCCAGCAGGUGCGCUCGCUCACUCUGGAACACUACUGACAGUGACUUCUCUGUGGAAACCGAGUAGCAAAUGAGAAGUACAAAGAAAUUUUGAAGUUGAUUAUUACAGACAAAGAAAUUUUGAAGUUGAUUAAUAUCCAUUAAAAUGUUUUAUUUAUUUUAUAAGUUCAAUAUUUUCUAUGAAUUUUAAAAUACUUCAAAGCCAAAGCCAACUUUAAAUGCCAUGACCAAAUUUACAUGAUUCAUAUUCAUUAAAUGUGUAUUACUUGGAUGUACAGACUUAUUUUCAUAAUGCAAAUUAAAGAUAUAAAAUGACACAUUUUUUACUGCACUGCAGAAAUAUCUCUGUAUGUUAAACGCUUUUCUGAUUGAAGCGAACUGAGGAAAGCUGUCUUCAGGGGAGGGGCCUGCGUCCAGAAGGGAGAGGGGUCCCAUACAGAGCCCAGAGUUCUGAGGCUGCUCUCAUCUGAUGGGCUUUGUGCCCCCCGAAAUACGUGAGAUUAAGACCGAACACUUCUCCCCUAAAAUUUUAUAAAUGAAUUCCCCAAAAGUCUGCCUUAUUUUAUAGUGUUUCUAUAAGAUACUCCCUCUGAGAGAACAAAAAUGGAAUAUUUAGUGAAAUGACAUUUUAUAACCAAUCUGUUUUCAUCUGAAUUGGGAAUCUUUGAUUCUGGAAAUUUAUAAAGGUUUGUAUCUUCCAUUUUGAGUAAGUGUAGCACCGUAAAAUAUGACACAUGAUGACAUGUCAACGUGCUUGUCACUUAUUUUAAAGUUGUAUUUUUCCCCAGAUAAAAAUGAAAUUAAACUAUUUGUUUUUAAGAAA